CCAAUCGGCAUCCCAUUACCACAGCUCCUGGGGUCGACGGAAGCAAAUAAAUUCCCUCGAUCAGAAAAUGACUGCUCACCAGAUUGGUUAAGGUCGAAGGACGAGGAAGAAGGAAAAGAGAGCGAAUCAAAGAAAUGGGGAUACAGGGGCUUUUGCCCCUUUUGAAGUCGACGAUGCAGCCAAUCCACAUCAAAGACUUACAGGGCUGUUGCGUUGCUGUUGAUACCUACUCUUGGCUUCACAAAGGCGCCUUGUCCUGCAGCACGGACCUCUGCAAAGGGCGACCCACCUCCAGGCACAUUGAGUAUUGCAUGCACAGGGUGAAUUUGCUGCGGCACUAUGGUGUUAAACCUGUUCUCGUCUUUGAUGGAGGUUUUCUGCCGAUGAAGCUUGAACAAGAAAACAAGCGAGCAAGGUCAAGAAAGGAAAACCUUGCUCGUGCAAUUGAGCAUGAGGCUAAUGGAAAUUCUACUGCAGCAUAUGAGUGCUACCAGAAGGCUGUUGAUAUAUCGCCUUCAAUUGCGCAUGACCUAAUCCAGGUCUUAAAGCAAGAGAAUGUAUCAUAUGUUGUGGCUCCUUACGAGGCAGAUGCACAAAUGACAUUUUUGGCAGUAAAUAAGCAAGUAGAUGCAGUUAUAACUGAGGACUCGGAUCUUAUAGCAUUUGGAUGUCCUAGAAUCAUAUUCAAGAUGGACAAGUAUGGGCAAGGUGUUGAGUUUCAGUAUUCCCGGCUUCACAAGAACAGGGAACUAUGUUUGGCUGGAUUCACUAACCGAAUGGUUCUAGAGAUGUGCAUUCUGAGUGGUUGUGACUAUUUGCAGUCACUGCCUGGUAUGGGCCUGAAAAGGGCUCAUGCAUUAGUUUCGAAGUUCAAAAGUUACGAGAAGGUAAUCAAGCAUUUGAGAUAUAGCACAGUCACUGUUCCUCCUCUCUACGAAGAAUUAUUCAGGAAAGCAAUAUUAACUUUCCAGCAUCAAAGGGUGUAUGAUCCUGUUGCUGAGGAUAUUGUACAUUUGUCUGACAUUCCUGAAAGCCAGGAUGAUGAUGCUGACUUUCUUGGCCCAUAUCCUUUAAAUUUCUUAUCUUAUGUGGCCAAAGGUAUUGCUGCAGGUGAUCUGGAUCCGUUUACCCAAAUGCCAUUCCAGGGAAGGAUUGCAACUGCUGCAGCUGGGCUUAGUGGAACUUCCAAAGUCAAGACCUCUAAGCCUGAAAGUACAGCACAUAAGAUUGAUCUGCCAGUGCAGAAGAAUCUCCUGACUAAUUACUUUUGCUUUGCGUCUAUUGAAGCCAAGAGAAAAUUCAAGGCACCUCGGAAGUCACCUACGAGUACAAGUGCAUUGGAUAUGUCUUCCCUAAAAGAUUAUUGUGAUUCUGGCCGAAUUAGCUGCUCUUCACCAUCUGACCUUAACUCUGAGAAACUGUCUACCAUAUCUCCUCAUGCUAUGGUGGAAAGCCAAGGCGAACCCAAGUUUUUUGAACCUCCAAGUUCUGUACUGGAGAAAGAAAGCAUGGGACAUAUGCCCCUCAAAGCUUUUGGGCAAUCACUGAAUCAAUCUGGUCAAGCGAUACUGAAAGAGUGUGAUUCCAAGAACUAUCAAAGUACAGCCCAAGGAGUGACGCAAGGAGCAGAACGCAGAAAGGUCAUUGUCAGGAGUCGUUACUUCCAACAUAAACCCAUUAACGCAGACAGCCACGGGAGUAUUGAAGAGAGAGCUCACGACAGUUACAACGUUUUGAGUGAUCUGUCCAAAGGAAAAGGUGUUUUGAGUCUUUCUGCCAUGGCAGAGAAAGAAGCCAAUGGUGCAGAGAGCAGACAAGAAAGUCUACUAAAUGUGGAUGUAGACAGUGAGGAGCACAGAAUAGAACGCAAAAAGGUCAUUGUUCGGAGCCGUUACUUCCAACAUAAGCCCAUUAACAAGGACAACCAAGAUAGUAGCAUUGAGAGAGCUCAUUGCAAUACCAAUAUUUCCUGUGAUCUGUCCAAAGAGGACGAUGAUCUGAGUCUUUCUGGCAUGACUGAGAAGAAGACCGAAGUUGCAGAGAGCAGGCAAGAAAGUAUACUAAAAGGGGAUGCAUACAGUGACAGAGAACAAGAUGGUAUUGCAUUAGAAAGUGCUGGUUUUGGUGAAAAUAAUACCAAUGAAAGCACAUUGAAAAGAAAGACCUCUCAGAACGGCAACACGGAUAAAGCCAAGAGAAGAUCCACCUACUUCUGCAACAAUGCUUCUUCUUCUCCUCCUACUCCUGUGGAACUCGGUGGUGGUUGCUCUUCCUUUGAGACUGAUGAAGAGCUCACAGAGAAGGAAUCUGGAGGAGGCAAAUUCGGAGCCAACAUCGAGCAUUUGAGCCAAUAUUCCAAGAUAGCAGAGAAGUCAGUGGACAGAUUUGCAACGAUGCUGUCAUCGUUUAGAUACUCGUCUUCUGGUUCUCGUGCUAGCGGUCUCCGAGCCCCUCUGAGGGACAUCAAGAACACUUGUGCCAGCAGGUCAACAAGUGUUCCCGACUUCACCAAGUUUGCUUAUACCCCAAAGAACAAAGGGACUGCUGCUUCAUCCAAGAGACGAUAAAGUGAACAUCGAAGCAUGCGGUCACUGUUUGGCUGUUUUUGAGUUUCCAUUAGAGAUCUGCCGUCACUAUUUGAAGAUGUUAGACUGCAAAUGAGAACAGUUCUAUCAUUUAGAAUAAUGCUAAGAUAGGUCUGAUGUCAUUAAUACUUGCUCCAAUUUGGUAGUAACACAAAUGAUUCUGUAAACAGAGUACUGCUGCACUCUUAAUAUUCACAAUCUGAUAGUUAUCCUACAAUUUGCCAGGUAGGUACAAACUGAACUUCUGCCUUGUUUUUUAUGUUGUCGUACAAUUUGUACAUCGAAACACCAGUACAUCAAAACGUACCAGAAGUUCAUAGUAAAUGACGACAAAGGAAUAAAUACGAUUGUGAAUGAUAUUCAUUCGUUUAAAUGCAACAUAUCAUUUUCUUCUCUUAGAGUCAAUGUACCAUAUCCGGAUGACUGCAAAAGGCUCAUUCAAUUGAGUGAUAACAAACAAAGGCUCAUUAAAUACUGGAUUGCAGUUUAAAGUAGUCAUAGCUGAUCUGUUUCCUUAGGUUCGAAUUUGAUCACACUAUAAAAGGAUGCACGGUUGCGAUUGAUUAAGCAAAAACUAGAAAGCAUCCAACCAUUGAAUUGAAUCGCAGAGAAAGCAUCGGUGGAAUUCAGCAUGAAGGUGUUUCUGGCAGUAAUGGUGGCUUUGCUGCUGAUUGCUGCUCCUCUGCCUUCCUGCCACGCCAAUAAUCCUCACCUGGAGUGUUACGACAAGUGCAUCGGAGAUUGCCAUGCUCCACCACAGGCAUGCGAAGAUAUCUGCUAUCGCAAAUGCAGGGCAUGGACUGUAGAUCGAGAAUCAAAAACUAUGAUAAACAAGAGGGAGUAGCUCUCUCAGAUCUUUGCACUGAGGUGGUGUCAUCUUGUUUCCUAAUAAUGAUGAUGGCAUAACAUAUGCAAAUAAUAAGUCUUUAUCCUCGUUUGACUUCCUCUUCAAAUCAUUAUUGAUUUUACAAUCGACUAAAACUCUUCUCCCUAUCGUUCGAGUAACUUCGUUCUUCUACGUUCUAGUUUUCUAAAUAAGUCAGAUUGAUCAAGCAAAGACUAGAAAUGCCUUAUCCACUGUUGAAUCGCAGAGAAAGCAUCGUCGGAAUUCAACAUGAAGGCUAACGUACCAUGGAUGUUUCUGGCAAUAAUGCUCUGCUGCUGAUUGUUGUUCCUCUGCCUUCCUGCCACACUAGUAAUCCUCGCCAUCGGAGAUUGCCAUGGUCCUCUGGAGGCAUGUGCAGAUAUAUGCUAUCGUGAAUACAAGGCAUCAACUCUGAACAGAGAGUCGAAAACUAUGAUAAAGAAGACAGAGUAGCUCUCUCAGAUCUUGGGAGUGAGAUGGUGUCAUCUUGUUUCCUAAUAAUUAUGCAUGAGAUAAUUUGCAAACAAUAAAAGUCUUGUCAUCAU